UCCAAAGUCUAAGGGAGCAUGUUCUAUGAGGGUUCAGCUGAUAUCUUCUUUUUCAGGGGAUGAACAAUCAGUACGUCCGCCGAGAGGUCUUCUGCCGGAACACCUGUCACGAGCUCAAACGCUUCUGGGAAAGGGAAAUUGGCAAGCAGACUUACUACCGAGAGUCAGAAGAACAUCGCCUGGGUAGAAGUGCACUGAGAAAGCUCAGAGAAGAAUGGAAGCAGAAACUGGAAACAAAGCUGAGACUACGGAACAAUCCAGAUGAGACAGAAAAGCGGGCAAAUGUUGGCCAAGAGCUUCACUGACACAAAAGAAUACACUACUGAGGUCACUCUGCCAGGAGAAACCAGUGCAAAUCCCUUACUCCCUUUGCUACUCCCAAACAGAUCCCAUACCAUUGUUUCCCCCACCUGGGAGGGGAUUUACCUGUGAAUCCUUCCCCAACACUAGGUGGGAAUUAUUAGCCAAGUCAGCAUGGAGGCCAGGAUAUUAUCCCCAAUGUCUCUAAAGAUGAGGUUACUUAACAUCAAAGCUCCAUACACCAUACUUUAUUUCCAUAUAAUUAUCUUCUAUUUUUGAAAUCCCAAUAUUUGAAAAUUCUAAGCACAUGAGGGGGGACAAUCUUCAUGGUCAUACCUGAAACACUGCACAGUAGUAUUGCUCCGCAUUUCUAGGAAACAGCAUCAUGUAAUCCUUUGUCUUGUUUUCUUCUCAUGAGAAGAGAAAUG